CUCACAAAACACUCUCACGGUUACCUCUUUCCCACACUCACACAAAACACUCUCACACUCUUACCACUUUCCUUCAAUUCAACUAUGGUUCCCUAUAUAUACAACACCUUACUCUUCACAAUCCUUACACCUUCAGCCUUCAAUUUCACUAUCAAAACCUUUGUCUACUCUCUCCAACACACAAUCAUGUUUCCAACUAACAACCCUUCCACUUCUUCAAAACCUUCAUCUUCCUCCAGGAUAUCUUUGCCAAAUUUAGAAAUCUCUCAUGAGAUGCCAGUUUUCAACGAGGAAGUGCGAUUAGCUGCGAGUACACCGAAGAAGCGUGCAGGGAGGAAGAAGUUCAAGGAGACUCGCCACCCGGUGUAUAGGGGUGUGAGAAGAAGGAACUUAGAUAAGUGGGUGUGUGAAAUGAGGGAGCCGUACAAGAAGACUAAAAUUUGGUUAGGGACUUUUCAGACUGCCGAGAUGGCUGCCCGAGCCCAUGAUGUAGCAGCCUUGGCAUUGAGAGGUCGCAACGCCUGUCUCAACUUUGCAGACUCGGCGUGGCGACUUCCUGUUCCUGCAACUACCGAGACAAAAGAUAUACAAAAGGCGGCUGCACAAGCUGCCGAGGCUUUCAGACCAGACAAGAUUUUCUUACCAGAUAAGGCUUUAAAUUCUAAUGUUAUUGACACUUCUGUAGCCACCUCCGCUGCCACAGAGGAGCAGUUUAUGUUUCAUAUGGAAGAAGAUGAAGAGAAGGAAGUGUUGAACAUUCCUGAUUCCUUGAGGAAUAUGGCGCUGCUGUCCCCUACACAUAGCUUGGGGCCUGAGUUUGAGUAUCAAGAUAUUAAUACAGACUUUGAAGAUGUUGAGGUGUCACUGUGGAGUUUUUCUCUUUAAUUUGUUUGGAAUGUUUUUUUAUUUUUUCAUUUAUUCUGAUAUGAAGUUUGCUUUUAGUUUUGGAAUUUAGAAUGGAAAUUUAUUUGUACUGUAACUGUUUUUUGGAGUGUAGAAUGGAAAUUAGUUUGCCCUGAACUGAACCAUUGUUUAAUAAUGUAUAUAUACAUAGGUUGAAAUUGAAAAAGAUAUCAAUU